AUAGCAACAAUAUAAACAAACUUUGGCCUGCCAUCUCCCAAGGGCAAACCUCACAACUCAGGCCCAAGUCACUGGAAUCUGAAUGGAGGGGUGACCUCCUCCUCUAGUUUAAUUUCAUUGCAAUACUGAGAAACGUGAACUGUUUUGUCUUUAGAAGGGAAAUUUAUGUUUGUGCCAGGCCAGCCUUUGUAAAAGCCUUUGAUUGGAUUCACUGGAAGUCUGUCUUCCCACACUACAUAUACUGUGAAUUUUCUGCUUCGGCAUUUCAACCACUUGGAAUGGCCACUAAAGUCUUGAGUUCUGGAACCUCUGGAUUUGAUCUAAAGUAAACUCUGAUUCUGUGUUGAUGGGGAACCAUUUCUCUCUAACAUUGUGAUUUCUUUAAGAUGCUUGACUCAGGCCACAUGAGAAUAACAGAUCUUUGGGCAGUCCAAGCAAGAGCCUCCUGAUCUAGCAGCCAAGACUGCCGCUGACCUUUGGCCAUGUACCCCAACCCUCUCAUCUAUUGCACCUGCUGGGACCCCUGGAACUUGGGACCACGGAAGCUAAUCAAGACCCCUCAACUACCACACAAGAACUCCACAGGGAGGUCCAAGCUAACUCCUCUUCUACCAGCUCCAAAAAAUCACAAUUACCUCCAACCAACAAAACCUGUUGUUUCCCCAAAAAAGAAAAUCCAUGCAGCAAGGCAAGAAGAGAGCAAUAAAUCAUUUUAUGAAGUGAUCAACGUGUCACCUGGCUAUCAACUUGUUCGGAAUCGGGAACAGAUUUCUGUCACCUUAGGGGAUGAGAUGUUUGAUGGGAAAAAGCGGUGGGAAUCGGAGAUCCCGAACAAAGACAGAUUUUCCAGGACCAACAUCAUUUCUGACCUACAAGAGCAAAUUUCAGAGCUGACAGCAAUAAUUGAACAAAUGAACAGAGACCACCAGUCUGCCCAGAAAUUGCUCUCCAAUGAAAUGGACCUCCGCUGUGCUGAGAUGAAACAGAACUUUGAAAACAAGAACAGGGAGCUUAAAGAGGCCCAUGAAGCAGAACUCAGUGAGUUGGAGAACAACUACAAAACAGCCUUGAAGGCGGAGAAGUUGGCUGCCCAAGAGAAGCUAGAGGAGAUGGGAAAAGAAUACAAGUAUUUGAAGAAUAUGUUUCGUACGUAUCAGGACAGUAUUUAUGAUGAAAUGGAAGAGAAGUGGUCAAAACAGAAGGCAAAAUGGAAGAAGGAUGAGAAGUUGGAGCGAGAAAAUAUCCUGCUACAGCAAAAAAAAAAGAUGACCAAAAAAUUCGAAUUGGAGUCAGGAGAAGAAGAGAAGAAAAUAAAUGAAUCCUGCGGCACUGUCUUUGAGAACUUCAUUCAAGAGAAGGAGGAGCUCUUGAAACAACAUCAAAGUGAUACCUUGCAAUUAGAAGAGCUGAGAAAAACCAAAGAGGUCAUGGAGGAAGAAUUACAUGCACAAGCCCUCAUCCUAGAGUCACUUAACGCAAACCUCUACUAUACCCAGGUGGAACUCCAAAAAGAGAAAGCUAUAGUGGGAAAUCUGGAGAAAAUGCUUCAAACCAAGUGUGCUGAAACUGAAGAAAAGUAUAAGUACACCAUACAGAUCCUGAUGGAAGAGAACAUUCAUCUGAAGCAAAAGGUAAUUUCUAAGAAUGAAGAAAUGUAUGAAGAAUAUUCUGGGAGAUUGGCCUCUAUUACUGUUUCUAAGGAUGAUUCUGACACCGUGGAAGAUGGUAGCAAGAAAAGACAAGAAUCAUAAACAUAAAGUCGCUCUCCAUUGUUGAAGAUGGUCGGCACACCAUUUCUGUAGGCCCCGGAAACUCCCGGCAGGGUUUUCUUCAGAACAUGUGUAUAAUGAGUUUAGUUCUUGGGUUGCUCUGACUCUAUUUUUGCUCUAUUCUGAGUGGCUGAAAAUGUUUGAAUUCUCAUCUGAAUUUCACAGCUUAUCACGGACGCUUCAUUGAAAAAUGAUGCUCUCCGUACUGGGAGCUGAGCUUUCUCUGAGUUUUGUACUAUUUUUCUUCCACCUUUAUGUAUUUCAUAGGAAAGAAAUAGAUUUGAAAGCC